AUGACUGGACAAACAGAGUGGCCCGCUAACAAGGUCCGUGCUACCUUUAUCAAAUAUUUUGAAGACAACGGCCAUGUUUUUGUGCCUUCCUCUUCUACUAUUCCCCACGAUGAUCCCACUCUCUUGUUUGCCAAUGCUGGUAUGAACCAAUACAAGCCCAUCUUCUUGGGUACCUUGGAUCCCAAUUCACCCUUGGCCAAUGUCAAGCGUGCCUGUAAUUCUCAAAAGUGUAUCCGUGCAGGUGGUAAACACAACGAUCUCGACGAUGUCGGUAGAGACACUUAUCAUCAUACCUUCUUUGAAAUGUUGGGUAAUUGGUCUUUUGGUGAUUACUUCAAGUUGGAGGCUACCAAGUUUGGUUGGGAAUUCUUGACCAAGGUGAUUGACCUUCCUGAAGAUCGUCUCUAUGUUACCUACUUUGGUGGUGACGAAAAGAUGGGUCUUCCUGCCGAUCUUGAAGCCAAGCAAAUGUGGAUGGAUCUCGGUGUCGAGGAAAAGCGCUUGAUUCCCGGCAGUGUCAAGGAUAACUUUUGGGAAAUGGGUGAGACAGGUCCUUGUGGUCCCUGUUCCGAAAUCCAUUACGAUCGCAUUGGUGGUCGUGAUGCUGCUCAUUUAGUCAACAUGGAUGAUCCCAAUGUGCUCGAAAUCUGGAACCUUGUUUUCAUGCAAUUCAACAGAGAAAUCGACGGCUCUCUUCGUCCUUUGCCCAACCAGCACAUUGAUACAGGUCUCGGUCUUGAGCGUCUUGUUUCUAUCUUGCAAAACAAGUACUCCAACUACGACACUGAUUGUUUCACUCCAUUGUUUGACAAGAUCAAGGAAUUGACUGGCGCUAGAGAUUAUACCGGUUUGUUGGGUGAGGAGGAUAAGGAUGGUAUCGAUACCGCUUACCGUGUCGUUGGUGACCACAUUAGAACUUUGACUUUUGCUAUUUCUGAUGGUGGCGUUCCUAGCAACGAAGGUCGUGGUUACGUGUUGAGACGUAUUCUCAGACGUGGUGCCAGAUAUGUUCGCAAGUACUUCAAUGUCCCUAUUGGUACUUUCUUCUCUUCUCUCGUCGACACCUUGCUUGAGCAAAUGCACGAAGCUUACCCUGAGCUCGCCAAGAAGGCUGCUGAUGUCAAGGCUAUCCUUGAUGAAGAAGAAGUUGCUUUCUCCAAGACCUUGGAUCGUGGUGAGAAGCUUUUCGAGCUCUACAUGAACAAGACCAAGGAGUCCGGAUCUUCCGUCCUAUCUGGUGAUGAUGUCUGGCGUCUUUAUGAUACCUAUGGCUUCCCUGUCGAUCUUACCCGUAUCAUGGCUGAAGAGAAUGGCUUAGAAGUCAAUGAAGCUCAAUUCGAAGCUGCCCAAGAAGCCGCCAAGAACAAGUCUCGUAAGGUCAAGGGUGGUGAUAACGGUCAAGGUGUUGUCGCUCUGGAUGUGCACGAUCUCGGUGCCUUGGACAGCAAUGCUGCUGUCCCCAAGACUGAUGAUAGCUACAAAUACUUGUCCGGUAAUGUUCAAGGCGACAUCAAGGCCAUCUUCUUUGAACACAAGUUCUUGGACAAUACUGCCGAUAUCCCUGAAGACCGUAACUUUGGUCUCUUGGUUGACAAGACCAACUUUUAUGCUGAAUCUGGUGGUCAAGAAUACGAUACUGGUUCCAUCAUCACUUUGGAUGGCAACACUGAAUUCGUUGUUGAAGACUGUCAACUGUAUGGUGGUUAUGUCCUCCACGUUGGACACUUAAAGUACGGUCAACUCAAGUUGGACGAUAAGGUCGAGCUGUCUUAUGAUGACAACAGACGUUAUCCUUUGAGAAACAACCACUCUGCCACUCACAUCCUCAACUUUGCUCUCCGUGAAGUCUUGAAGGAAGACAUUGAUCAAAAGGGCUCUCUUGUCUCCCCUGAAAAGCUCAGAUUCGAUUUCUCUUUCAAGAACCCCGUCAAUGUCAAGCAGUUGGCCGAGGUCGAGAAGAUCUGUGAUGAUUUCAUUUCAAAGAACCUCAAGGUGUACUCCAAGGAAGUGCCUUUGGCUGUUGCCAAGGCCAUCCAUGGUUUGAGAGCUGUCUUUGGUGAGACUUACCCUGAUCCCGUUCGCGUUGUCUCUAUUGGUUUUGAUGUUGACGAAAUCACCAACGAUGUUUCCAACCCCAAGUGGGGUACUACCAGCAUUGAAUUCUGUGGUGGUACUCAUGUUGCCAAGACCAGCGAUAUCAAGUAUUUCGUCAUUCUCGAAGAAUCUGGUAUUGCCAAGGGUAUCCGUCGUAUUGUUGCCGUCACUGGUGAUGAAGCUGCUGCCGCUCAUCGCAAUGCUGACGAAUUCGUUGGCAAACUCGAUAGACUUGAAAAGUUGAGUGGUGCUGAACUCGAGGCUGAAUUGAAGGUUGUCAACAAGGAGUUGGACCUCGCCGUCAUCUCUGCUGUCUCCAAGGCCCACUUCCGUGAACGUUUCACUCAAAUCAAGAAGGCUUUUGACAAUGCUGAAAAGGCUCGCAAGGCCGAACAAAUCAAGGAAGCCAGUGAUGCUGUCAAGAAGUACUUUGAAGCCAACCCUGAUGCUCAAUACCUCGUCACUGAAUUGCCUGUUGGUAACAACUCCAAGGCUUUAGGUGGUGCUAUCAACUAUGCCAAGGCAAACUUGAAGGAUAAGGCUGUCUAUGUCUUGAGUGGUGAUGAGGCUAGUGGCCGUGUUGCACACAACUGUAUUGUGGGUAAGAACCUGAUCGAGAAGGGUUUCAAGGCCUCUGACUGGGCUACCGUUGUCUGUGAAAAGGUCGGUGGUAAGAAGGGUGGUAAAGACGAUGCUGCUCAAGGUUCUGGUGAUAAGAUUGAGGCUUUAUCUGAUGCUUUGAAGGCUGCUGAAGAGUUUGCCAAGUUGAAGAUUAGUGCUUAA